GCGGCUGUCGGAGCGACGGUCGCCGCGUUCCACCGCCGCGAGGCCCUUGCGGCGCCCGAGCCCGCAAUGUCGGGCCCCAACGGGGACCUGGGCGUGCCGGUGGAGGCGGGCGCGGAAGGCGAGGACGACGGCUUCGGGGAAGCAGAAUAUGCCGCCAUCAAUUCCAUGUUGGACCAGAUCAACUCCUGCCUGGACCACCUGGAGGAGAAGAACGACCACCUCCAUGCCCGCCUCCAGGAGCUGCUCGAGUCCAACCGGCAGGCGCGCCUGGAGUUCCAGCAGCAGCUAGGGGAGGCCCCCGGCGAUGCCGGCUCCUAGGCCGCGGGAGCCCCCACCCUGCCUCCCGGGUCAGACUGUGGCCUGAGUCCUCACCCCUGGCUUAGAUACUUUCUCAGGGCGGCCCCCGGGGCCCCUGGCGGGCCCGUCUGCAUGGCCAGCCCUCUGGCACGCCCCAUCAUCCAGCAUCUCCUGGGGCCAGGGCGGACCUGCAGCCCACCUGCCAUGCCUGUCUGCCGAAUCCUGGGCACCCCUACUCUGCCCAGGCUUUAAGUGCCCACAUUAAAUUGGCCUCCAACACCA